GUGAAAACUCGAGUGAAAACGACUUUCGUAUUGAUCCCACCUCCUCAAGAGAAUGUCAGACGAACAGUCAACUCGUUCAAAGACGACGACAACUCAAAGAAACUCAAACGUACGAUCUCGUACAAGUCCAGAACUUGAUCAACGUCCACCAACAAAGAGAGCAAGAAAAGCUAUAAACUGCGAACCUUGUAGAAAUUCAAAACUCAAGUGUGAUAGAAAUCGACCAUGCUCGAGUUGCGUUCUAAGAGGUACUAUCGCACUAUGCUACCAGGACGCUCGUGGUCAUGAAUCAGACCUAGUACGUCCAGAUGACCAAAACGCUUCCCGCGUCGACCCAAUGCAAGAAAUCACUCGCCUCAAACAUAGCGUAUCACUUCUUGAAACUUUUAUCAUUGCAAACCACCGCAAUCUACCUUUCAAGCGCCCACUCGAUCCUCCCCCCUCAGGUCCCCCAAGUCCACUCAAGAAAGAACCUCAAGAAUCUGACUCCGUAGAACGUGAUAAUGCUCCUGGUUUACUCGGCUCCCAGGGUCAUGGCGGAUUCUACGCUGGUACUACCUCAGUCGUCACCCACCUCACAAUGAACGACACCCGCGCUUCAGACGACCCAAUGGACAGACAUCCCUCUCAGGAAGGCCUGGUCACAGAUGAAAUCGCCGCUUCAACUCAUGAAUACGACCGAGAUCUCCUUGAGGUCCUACCAGCGCUUGACACAAUUGACGCCCUCAUAAUCUACUACUUUGAAUACUGUAAUUGGAUAUACCGCCAUGUCAACCAACUAGCAUUCACAUCCGCGUGGUCUCGUUUCAAGAGUGGCUCUUCUCCAGACAGAGUCAUCCUCGCAACCGUUUGCAUGAUAAUGGCCAUCGCAGUACAUUACUUGCCACAUCGCGACCCUCUCAUUGCACACCUCGCUGACAACCACGAGGAACUCGGAAGACGAUUUUACGACGUCAUGCGCACAGCACUCGAUCGACAUCGUGCAGAGUCCAGAACCUACUCCCUCGAACUUGUCGAAUGUCUCCUCAUCCGUUGUCACUAUCUCACACUCAGCAAGACAGACAGCGAGGAAAUUUGGGCCGUCCGUGGCGAAUUAGUCAGCAUGGGCCUCGCAAUGGGCCUUCACCGUGACCCAACCAGGUGGAGAAUGAACAAGGAGCUGGCAGAGAGAAAGCGUUGGGCCUGGUGGCACAUCGUACUGCUCGAACGAUGGCAAGCCUUCAUGUUCGGAAGGCCACUUGCCGUUGCUUCCCAUCACUUUGACACGCAGCUUCCCUCCAUCUCCCCAGUCACUCCCACGAACCCUCCCCAACUACGCCUUUAUGCACCAAACCUCGCCCUCUUCCGCCUCGCCUACGUCCUCGGCGACAUCAUGGACAGCGCCGUCUCGCUUCGCUCCGUACCAUACGAAACGGUCUUGGCCCACGAUAAAGCGCUCACCAACUGGAUGGACACCUUGCCACAGGAGCUAGAUCUAGACGAGUUUAGAAUCGCACGCGCCCUCGCAAGCCCAGACACCGUCGUCCGAAGACUAGGCGUCCAAAGCGUCAUCAUCCGAUCCAGCUACUACCACAUCCGCUUCACUCUUCACCGACCCUACGCCUCCGCUCUCCUCUCCUCCCCCUCUGACAAAGACAAACACGACAAAUCCGACAAAGACCCAAAGGACACAGCCAAAUCCGAACGUCAAGCCAACAGCCUCAACAUCGCAGUCGGCAGCGCCGACAAACUCAUCACUCUCCUCGACCACUCCCGCCCAGACUUCCUCGCAAACGCGAGCCUCGCUGUACCAGGCCACAUGUCAUGGGGUCCUUUCCACGUAUUCAGCGCAGCUAUGUUCUUCUCCUUCCAACUCAUCUCAAACCCAAACCAACCAGGCGCAGGGCUCUUUCGUGCGAAUAUCAAGAAAGCGCUCGGGACUCUCGAUUUAAGUCGUGGACAAGCAGUCGCAGACCGUGCGCUCGAUAUCCUAGGCGCACUUCAACCCCUCUACGAAAUCGGUUUCGCAGACAUGGAAGAGAGCGAACGCGAAGGCGUCAAAGGACGUGUCUUAGGCCUCGUCAAAACCCUUGCAUUCCCAUAUCACGACCAAGCACGCUCAAGUCGAGGCGGGACAGGCGAUAGCCCCCAGGGCUACGGCGGCAGUCCAAGCGGUUACAUUGGCAGCCCACCGGGUGGAAAUAGCAUUGAUUACCCGCCUCAUGGGCAUACGGGUCAAGCGCGAUAUGUACCACCGAGUACGUCCCCGCCCUAUCCGUACCCUGAGAAUAGGGGGUAUAGUGAUGUGAGGGGGUCGUAUGAUGGGACGAGGGGGUAUGCAGAUGCUGCAACGAGGGGGACACCUGCUGCUGGUAGUAGUUCGACGACGACGUACCCGGAUGCGCCGCCUCCAGCACCACCUGCACCCGCACGAAAUCCGUAUCCGCCUUCGGGGUCUGGGUCUGGAUCUGGGAAUCCGUACCCUGCACCACCACAAGCGUCAACGCAGACGCAAGGAUACUCUGAAUCAGCACGACCGUAUCCAACUACGUCUGAUGGGAAACACGGUCUUCAAGCGCCGUACUCCGAUGCACGGCCUUAUCCCGUGCAUGCCGGCAUGGGUGGGAGCGGGAGCGGGAGUGGAUCGUACCCCUACACCUACCCAACCCCAGUAGAAGAAGAAUCAAUGUGGGGAGCAUCACUAAGCCAAGCAGAAUGGGCGCGGUUUCUAGAUGUGAUGCAGCGUCCUACAAACGAAAGGUAG